UAUUUCCAUUUCAUCCCUAUUAUAGUCUCUCUUUAUGGACAGUGACACUGUCCCAAGGGGCAUGGUCUUAUGGAUACAGGCUAGAUGGCCUUGAGGUAUUUUGUGUGUGUUUGUAGGGGCCAAAUUGAAGACAUUGAUGUGGACUCCCAUUACAGGUAGUUCUGGACUUUUAGUCCAAUUACAAACUAGUAAUUAAAAUUGUGGAAAGCACCAAACAUUUUUUGUAAUUAAGUGAAGUACCCAAUAAGUUUUUGAAAACCAAAGAUUAGUGUCUCACUUCCCUGCCAUGAACUUUCCUAAACCAUGCAGUUUUGGAAAGCUCAUGCUAAAGGACUCUAAAUCCUUGGCCAAAAUAAUCCAAAACUUAGCCCAAACCAAACAAUUACUCAAAGGAAAACAACUUCAUUCUCAGCUAAUCUCAUCUGGGUAUCCACUAUGCACUUUUUUAACCAACCAUCUCCUUAACAUGUACUCAAAAUGUGGUCAAUUAGACUACUCAGUCAAACUGUUUGAGAAAAUGUCUGAAAGAAACUUGGUUUCUUGGACUGCUAUGGUAACUGGGUUUUCUCAGAACUUACAUUACUUAGAAGCCAUAACAACUUUUUCCCAAAUGAGAAUUGCUGGGGAAAACCCGACCCAAUUUGCCUUUUCGAGUGUUAUUAAAGCUUGUGCUUCUGUUGGGUUGGUUGAAUUUGGGAAGCAAAUGCAUUGCCUUGCAUUGAAAUUUGGGUUCGGUUUGGAUAUUUUUGUUGGUAGCAAUUUGGUUGAUAUGUAUUCAAAGUGUGGAGUUAUGCUUAAUGCUUAUAAAGUUUUCCAAGAGAUGGAGUGUAAAGAUAAGGUCUUGUGGACUGCUUUGAUCGAUGGAUAUGCAAAGAAUGGUCUUUUUAAGGAUGCAUUGUUGGCUUAUAAGAAGAUGGUUAAUGAGGGGAUUGCUAUUGAUAAAUUUGUUCUUUGUAGUACUUUAAGUGCUUGUGCAGCAUUAAAGGUUUUAGAUUUUGGGAAAUAUCUUCAUUCAGUUAUGGUGAAGAAGGGGUUUGACUUGGAGAUUUCUGUGGGAAAUGCUCUUACUGAUAUGUACUCAAAAGUGGGAGACAUGGAUAGUGCCUCAAAUGUGUUUGGAAUUGACUCUGAGUGUAGAAAUACCGUGUCUUGUUCUUCAUUGAUUGAUGGAUAUGUUGAGAUGGAUCGAAUGGAGGACGCUUUAAGUGUUUUUGUUGAGCUGCGGAGGCAAGGAAUUCAAUCUAAUGAAUUCACUUUCUCAAGUUUGAUCAAGGCUUGUGCUAGCCAAGCUGCACUUGAGCAGGGAACACAGCUACAUGCUCAAGUGAUUAAAUUCAAUUUUGAUGGAAACCCUUUUGUUUCUUCAGUUCUUGUUGAUAUGUAUGGAAAAUGUGGGUUGGUUGAUGAUUCUAUUUGGAUAUUUGAUGAAAUUGAAAAUGCAACCGAAAUUGCAUGGAAUUCAAUGUUAAGUGUGUUUGCUCAGCAUGGUUUAGGAAAAGAUGCCAUAGAAUUUUUUAACAGGAUGAAAAAUGUAGGAGUGGAACCAAAUGCAAUAACGUUUGUCAGUCUUCUAAGAGGCUGUAGUCAUUCUGGCUUAUUGGAGGAAGGGUUAAGUUUGUUUAAUGCUAUGGAGAAGACUUAUGGAAUAGUGCCUAGAGAAGAGCAUUACUCUUGUGUUAUUGACUUACUUGGUCGUGCUGGACAGCUUAAAGAAGCUGAAGAUUUUAUAAACAAAAUGCCAUUUGAACCUAAUGCGUUUGGAUGGUGUUCUUUCCUUGGAGCUUGCAAGAUCCAUGGUGAUAAGGAGAGAGGUAAACUUGCAGCAGAAAAAUUGAUGGAGCUUGAACCUGAUAAUAGUGGAGCUCCAGUUUUGCUUUCAAAUAUUUAUGCUAAGGAGCAGCAAUGGGAAGAUGUGAGAACAUUGAGGAAGAUGAUGCAAGAUGGUAAUAUAAAGAAACUACCAGGUUAUAGCUGGGUUGAUGUUGGAAAUAGAACUCAUAUUUUUGGAGUUGAAGACUGGUCUCAUCCUCAAAAGAAAGCAAUUUAUGAGAAGCUUGAUUCUCUUUCGGAUGAGAUAAAGAAGGCUGGAUAUGUCCCUUGCACGGAUUCCAUUCCCUUGGAUAUGGAUGUUGGUGUGAAGGAGAAGAUACUUCAGCAUCACAGUGAGAGAAUCGCCAUUGCAUUUGCACUAAUAAGCAUGCCAAGUGGGAAGCCAAUCAUUGUAAAGAAAAAUUUAAGGGUCUGUGUUGAUUGCCACUCUGCAAUUAAGUACAUAUCUAAGGUGAUUGGAAGAAAAAUUAUUGUGAGGGACAACAGUAGAUUCCAUCAUUUCUCAGAUGGCUUAUGUUCAUGUGGAGAUUUCUGGUAAGGUUUUGACAACUUCAAGUUUUGCCAACAAAUUCAUGCACUUGACCAAGUAGUAUGCUCAGCCAACAUGUUAUAUUAACCAGCUGCUCUCGCAUUAAUACUGGAGAUUGCUGAGGCUAUAUGCCUAUAUGAGUGAGAGCAGUUGAAAUUGAACGAUCUUUUCAACAAAGUUUACGAGUAUGAUGAUUCUUGCACUGAGGAAUGCAACUCAACUAACCCAUAAAGCACAACAUGGGGAAAAUAGUUUCCUUUU